AUCAUAGGGCGUUUAUGAAAUCAGAGUGCAGUAAUUCAAAGGGAGACGCGACGUGGCGUUUAAAGGCGAGCGCCAGCGGCAUGGCGGUCCUCUGGCUGGAAGGUUUUGUGCAGCCCAGCCUCGCAGCCAGAUUAAGCCUCUUCUUCAUUUCCAUAUAAUGGCAACUUCGCGACCGCAGAAGAAACUAUGUAAACAGAUCACACAAACGCAAGCUUCCUCACAAUGAUCUUCAUACCGCGGGCUUCAUUUCACUUCCCCUUCUGCAUUGUGAACAUUCCUCCUCUGAUAUAUACCUCUUCGCUUCACAAAAGUAUUUUUUUAACUGAACAGGACAGAGUAAACGCCGUAUAUCCCGAAGGACACAUGGCUGUCACUCUCUGCUAUUCGGCAUCCGGGGAUGCGUCAUGAACAGUACUGUAUUUGUUUUUCGGCUUAAAAAGCCAUAGCUGCCCCUGAUGGUAAUUUUUCGCUUUGACCUUAUAGUACUACUACUGCAAUUCACUCCUAACAUUAUACUAUUCUUUAAUAAUAUUAUUACAUCUAGUUACGAACAUAGGUCACUUUCAGCGUCACUGUUCUCUAGAACCACGAUGCUGCCAGAAAAUUUGUUUGAUGCAUUUAAUUAAUAAACAAAUCAACCAAUUCAUAACUUACAGUAGACAAACUUACAAAAUGUAAGGGGAACUAUAACGUUUUAGUGCACUUCCACACUUCUCUUGUUAUGAAUGGGAAGAUCAAGCUCAAGUUGUACGCAAACCGGUAUGUAGGUUUCUGUAUCAAUCUACCAUGCUGUCUGUGACCCUAUGAGAAAGUGCAUUAAUAGCUGUGUCACUAGCAAUGUGGACAAACUGCAAUCACGACAUUUCUCACCUAUAGAGAAUAUACCCACGCCCGUUUUACUGACGAUUAAGUUUCGGAACGUAAUGUCAUUCUAGCUAGAGACUGACUCACUAGCACAGAAACCACGGCGGUUGUGAUCCAAUUCACUUCUUGAAGGUGAAGUUUCCUGCAGGAAUUUCUAUAUUCAGAAAGAAAAAAAGAUUCUCAAAUGAUGGCAGAUAAAAAUAUCCAAGAACAUGGCAACCUCUGUAACGCUUCAGAGGCCUCAUACUGUACCAACGGGGGGACGUGCUACCGGAUUCCUGCCAUGCCUACAAUCACCUGCAUAUGUAAAAAUAACUUUAAGGGCAGCAGAUGUGAGGAGUUUCAGCUCUUCAGCCAGUCGGAUACAAGCGAUGACGCCGGCCUGAUCGCAGCCGUGGUCGUCUUGGUCAUCCUCAUCCUAAUGGCGCUAACGGUCGUCAUCUACCUCAUCUUCAAGCUGUGGGCCCAGAAGAAGAAGGCCCAGAAGCAACAGAGAAACAGACCGUACCAGCAGGUACCGCGCAGGGUGUGAGACCAGCGACCGGGGGAACAUCACGACAUCCUCUCCAGGCGUUGAUGAACUGAGCGGCCUGUGAGGAUAAAGCCAUGAAUGACCCACAGUGGAAGGAGAGAAAGGUGCCUGCAGUUGGCCAUUAAGCACGCAGCUUCUCCUGCCUGUCUCGCUGCUGCUCUGCAUAGCUCCCUGCCGUGGGCGUUUUCUCAGCAGACCAGACGGACCCCCAGAGGCAGGACAUCUCAGUGGAUCCUUUCUGACGAAACCAAGCAUGUACAGACGCUCCUCUACUUACGAAUGAGAUACGUUCCGAACGGCUAUUUGCAACUUGAAAUGUUCGUAAGUCGUUAUUCUACAUCAUUUUGAGGGUAUACACAAGUACAAAGAACUAGGA